AUGACUGACUGGGACAUUGUGUCAAAACAACUGGGCCAAUACAUGCUGAAAGGCUAUACGCUGUUGGACACAGUGUGUGCGACAUGCUCCAAGACUCCGUUGAUGAGACUUCGCAACGAACCAGAGUUUUGCGUCCUCUGUGAUUCGCCAGAAAAAAAACAGGAGAAGCAGCGAGAGCAACAACUGAAACAGGAGGAGGAAAAAGUACCGGCUGCAACGCCGCAACAGAAUGCGUCAGAGCCUGGUGAGGGAGUUACGGACAUGGCUUGUGAUGACCAAGGGAUUGCUGAGUCUACGACAUCGUUGGUAACCAAUUCAACCGUUUAUGGCCGACUUGUUGGUCAAUUGGAGCAGUUGAUCGAACGUGAGCUUCCGCUCCCAACUGAUCAUACGUGUGACUCUGCUUUAGCAAGAGUGGAGCGUGCACUUCAACUCAUCCAAUUGACCAAGAAGACAGCCCAGUAA